AUGUCGACCUCGUCGGACAUUACACAGUUCACGUCCGUCUUCCGCGCCCAGUCUUUGUCCGACGGCCAACGCAGGGUGACAAAGCGCAACCGCCAACCCGUCUCGUGCCUCGCCUGCCGCGCGCGGAAGCUACGAUGCGAUCGCGCACUCCCGUGCGGUGCGUGUGUUAGGCGCGGGGACGAGGGGGCAUGCAAGUUUGGGGCUGCUGCUCCUGCCUCUGCCUCUACAUCUGCUUCUGUUCCUGCCUCUACGCCAGGCGGCGCUAAUGCUGUUACCGGUGCCGGUUAUAUUACUGUUUCUGGAAGCGAUGCUAUUCCUGUCACUUCUGGGGGAAGCACUGGAAACACUCCGAGCUCGACCACUCGUGGAAACGGGAAUCUAGCCGCUUUCACUCCAGAUGGAGCUGCUCGUCAUCGUGGUGGGAGUGGAGCGGGACAGCAGCCGCGUCCGGAGGUUCACUUCCGACUCCGAAAACUGGAGGACAUGGUCCAGGACCUCGUCAGAAGGGGCAUGACUUCAUCCAAAGACCGUGACCGGAACGGCCCCCAGCUAGCCCCGGAGCCGGCCUCGGGUCCGGGCCCCACCAAACCCACCGGGGUUAUCAACGCCGUGCCGACACCACCGACGGACUCGGAACUACAACAGAGCGGAAGCAGCACCAGCGACGACUCCCCAGCCCCGAUUGCUAUCGAUGGAGACGACGCCUACUACGGCGCAACGCAUUGGACCGCUCUCCUCCAUCACAUUCGCGAGAUCAAAACGGCCCUUGAGCCAGACUCGAAUGUCGCCCCCGAAUCGCCCGAAGGGGGCGCCUGCUCCAUCGGCCCGGACUUCCUCUUCGGUGCCGUCGUCCCUGUUUCUCUGCCGGAGGUUCUCUACAGCCUCCCGCCGCGACAGGACCUCGAGAAGCUCCUCGGCGUCUACUUCAACGCCCGGUUCACCGCCGUGCCCUUUAUCCACGUCGGCCGCUUUCAGCGCGAGUACGCCGCUUUCUCGGCCAACCCGGAAUCGAUGAGCUGGCUGUGGAUAAGCAUCUUAUUUUCCAUCAUAUCAAACGCCACCGUCAUCAUCCGCGGCAAGGGUAACGCCGAAGCACUCGGCCUCAACCUUACAAAGUUGAAAGAGGCUUCGGCGUACUCGGGCCGCGCGGUACAGUGUCUCAUCAAGGGCAACUACCUCGCCGCGAGACCCUACUCGGUCGAAGCGACCCUCCUCGUCGCCUACUCCCGCGUCCUGGGCAGCAGGGAUAUGGACCCAGUCCUCUGGAACAUGUUCGGCGUCGCCACGCGCCUGGCCCAGCGCCGCGGCUACCACCUCGAGCCCUCGCACCUUUCGGCUCCCAUCACCCCCUUUGACGCCGAGAUGCGCCGCCGCGCCUGGUUCUAUUGCGAGGCGUUCGAUCUCCUGCUGUCCUUCCAGCUCGGCAUGCCCGCCAUCGUCCACGAGGGCGAUAACGACGCAGUCGGGCCCGAGAACCACCCAGACGAAGACUUUGACGAGAACACGACGACGAUGCCGCCGCCUCGCCCGCCGACGGAAGCCACGCCUGCGCUCUACUACUGCUACAAGUCGAAACUCUGCCGGAUCCUGCGGCGCGUCAUCCGUCACGCCCUCUCGCCCGCGCAGCCAGCCUACGCAGAGACCCAGGUUCUCAACGACACCUUACACGCCUGGCACGCCGCCUUGCCCGCCGUGCUGCGCGUGAGGCCGAUCCGGGAGACGGGCUUCACGGAGCAGAAUCACACGGUCAUGCAGCGGCUGAUGCUGGAGCUGAUGUACAGUAAAGCGCUGUGCGUGCUGCACCGGCGGUACCUGAGCAGGGAGAAGGGUUGUUAUAAUGGGGACCCGCGGUUCGCUUCGUCGAGGGAGAUUUGUAGCGCUGCGGCGCUGCGAGUGUUGGAUCUGCACGCCGAGUUUGAUCGGGAGGCGAGCCCGGGGGGCAGGUUGUUUGAGGAUCGGUACAUGUUGAGCAGUUUGACUUUGCAUGACUUCAUGAUUGCUGCCAUGGUGGUUUGUUUGGAUUUGAAUGAGAGUACAGACACGAGUGACGAGGACUAUGAACGAAAAAUGGAGGCCCUCAAGACAGCAAGCGAGAUCUGGUCGCGGAGGUCAGACUGCUCCAAGGACGCGAGGCAUGCGGCGGCGGUCCUGCGGGCCAUGGUCCAGCGCAUAUCGCGCCAGAGGAAGCAGCAGCAGCACACCGACAAUAUCGCGAGGACGACGACAAGGGCAGCGACGACGGCAGCGAUUACAAAUAGUAGUCUCGACAGCACAUAUCGAGACCCGGCUCUGUUCAGCGAGUCUUUGACUCUCAACUCCGGGUUUGGAGAUGUCGUAGGCUUGUCUGGCCAGACGCCAGGCCAGGGCCAGGGCCAGGGUUUCCUCGGAGAGGGGGCGUAUCAAGGUGAUGAGUUUGAUUUCAUGGCGUUGGAUAAUGCCUUGAAUGAUCCUGCUAGUGUGGACUGGAGUAUGUUGGAUCAAUACCUGAUGCUGGACCGGGCUGGGGAACUGGCGAUGGAUGUGUCUCUCGAAUAA